AUGGGUGACGCUUCGCGCCUGCUCGUGCCGUCGCGCAAAAAGGAGCGUUAUAUAUCGGCAUCGUGUCCGUAUGUCGACUGCCGCGCUUCGAUCGAAUUUCAACCGCCGACGUUGGAGGCGGUUAAAAAGGUCCCUGCAUCGGUCACGACGUUUUCCGUCACCUGCGUGGUUUGUGGUCGGAACUUUGACCCGCCUGGCGCACCCAAGCUGCUACGAGAGGUGCGGUCACAGGGCGCGCAUGAUGCAAAAGGCGAGCAAGGAGCUAAGCGGCUCAUUGGCACGGAUGAGCAUCCCAUCGACAUGAGCUUAGCCAGCUACGAUUUGCUUGGUGUACCGGCCUCUGCGACGCCAGCUGAUAUUAAGAAGGCAUACCGCAAGCUGGCCAUCAAGCUGCAUCCUGACAAGAACCCCGACGACCCUGAGGGCGAGGAAAAAUUCAAGGCCCUGGCCGCCGCGUAUCAAGUGCUUUCUGAUCCCGACACACGACACAAAUAG